AUGUUGUCUCUUCUCCUCCUUGCGACAGCUUUUCUUCUCCCGGCUGCGCUCAGUGCGCCCGCCGAGGAGCCGGCACGGUUUAUGGAGCGCCAGCUUGUGGAGCGCCAGGGCGGCUAUUAUUGGUCCUUCUGGCAGGAAGGCGGCGGUAGCCACAACUGCCAGAACGGCGCGGGCGGCUCAUAUACGGCGAAAUGGUCCGGUGGAGGAGGCUUUGUCUGCGGAAAGGGAUGGCAGCCCGGUGGCUCGAGGGCUGUCAAGUACAGCGGCACGUACACCCCCGUUGGCCCCGGCUAUCUCGCCCUGUAUGGCUGGACUCAGAGCCCGCUCAUCGAAUACUACAUCGUGGACAACUACGACGUUCUCGCGCCCGGCGAGCCUUGGACAUUUAAGGGCAACUUCACAUCCGAGGAAGGAGACUACAGUGUCUACACGAGCCAGAGGGUUAACAAGCCGUCGAUUGAGGGCACCCGGACCUUUAUGCAGUAUUGGUCCGUGCGGUCAGAGAAGCGCACAGGUGGUACAAUCACUACUGGAACGCACUUCAGCCAGUGGCAGAAACUUGGCAUGAAUCUCGGUCGCCACAGCUAUAUGAUCCUUGCAACGGAGGGAUUCACCAACAGCUCGUAUCCGACGCCUAGCGGUAGUAGCAGUAUCACUUUAUCAUGA